AUGGAAACCCUAGCCGUUGGCUCCCGUCAACUGCCGUCAACUCGUACAUCACCGUCAACGGUCUCCAUUAACUUUCGCGGCAGAGCCUCCAGCUCUCUAGCUCUGCUUCGCGCCAUUCCGCGUGUCCGUACAUUGAGAUGCUCGGCUCUCUCAUCUCCUUCAUUAGCGGACCAAUCAGAGAAGUUUGUAGAGGCUUCAAAGAAGGGGAAUUUAAUUCCUCUAUAUCGAAGCAUAUUCUCUGAUCACUUAACUCCUGUGCUUGCUUACCGGUGUCUGGUUAAGGAGGAUGACAGAGAUGCUCCAAGUUUUCUGUUUGAGUCAGUUGAGCCGGGUUCCAAGGACUCUAAUGUUGGGCGGUACAGUGUUAUUGGAGCCCAACCGUCCAUUGAAAUCGUAGCAAAAGAGAACAUGGUUACCAUUAUGGACCACAGAGAAGGGUGUAGGACAGAGGAGAUCGUGGAAGAUCCAAUGACUGUUCCCCAGAGAAUCAUGGAGGGAUGGACACCCCAACUUGUUGAUGAACUUCCAGAAGCAUUUUGUGGUGGGUGGGUUGGCUACUUCUCCUAUGAUACAGUGCGUUAUGUUGAGACGAAAAAGCUGCCAUUUGCAAGUGCACCACCAGAUGACAGAAAUCUUCCUGAUGUUCAUCUUGGCCUUUAUGAUGAUGUGAUAGUCUUCGAUCAUGUGAAGAAGAAAGCACAUGUAAUUCACUGGGUGCAAUUAGAUCAAUAUUCUUCUGUUGAGGAGGCCUUCAAUGAUGGAAUAAAUAGAUUGGAAACAUUGGUAUCUAGAGUGCAUGACAUUAUCACCCCGAGGCUGCCUGCAGGUUCAAUAGAGUUCAACACUCAACUUUUUGGUCCUGAAUUGGAGGAUUCGAGCUUGACAAGUGAGGAAUACAAGGAGGCAGUUUUGAAAGCCAAAGAACACAUCCUAGCUGGGGAUAUAUUUCAGAUUGUCUUAAGUCAGCGUUUCGAGAGGCGAACAUUUGCAGACCCAUUUGAAAUUUAUCGAGCAUUGAGGAUAGUGAAUCCAAGUCCUUAUAUGACUUAUUUGCAGGCUCGAGGCUGUAUUCUGGUUGCUUCAAGUCCAGAAAUCCUUACACACGUCAAGAAGAGAACGAUCACCAAUCGACCGCUUGCUGGGACUGUUAGAAGAGGAAAAACAGCUAAAGAAGAUUUGAUGUUGGAAAAACAGCUUCUGAAUGAUGAAAAGCAAUGUGCAGAACACAUCAUGCUUGUAGACUUGGGGAGGAAUGAUGUCGGGAAGGUCUCAAAACCUGGUUCUGUCAAGGUUGAGAAGCUCAUGAACAUCGAGCGUUAUUCCCAUGUCAUGCACAUAAGUUCUACGGUCACUGGAGAGUUACUUGAUGAUUUAACUAGCUGGGAUGCUCUACGUACUGCGCUGCCGGUUGGGACUGUCAGUGGAGCACCAAAGGUAAAAGCCAUGGAGCUGAUUGAUCAGCUGGAAGUAACCAGACGUGGUCCAUACAGUGGUGGUUUUGGAGGAAUUUCAUUUUCUGGCAAUAUGGACAUUGCCCUUGCUCUGAGAACUAUUGUUUUCCCAACUAGCUUCCGGUACGAUACAAUGUAUUCAUACAAGGAUGUGAACAAGCGACGAGAGUGGGUUGCUCAUCUGCAAGCUGGGGCUGGAAUUGUGGCUGAUAGUGAUCCAGCUGAUGAGCAGAGAGAGUGUGAGAACAAAGCUGCUGCUCUUGCGCGCGCUAUUGAUCUUGCUGAGUCCUCGUUUGUUGAUAAAUGA